AUGGAGAGGCCUGAUGAGGAGUCACCAGGUGGGGUUAUAGAGGUGGAGAGGCCUGAUGAUGAGGAGUCACCAGGUGGGGAUAUAGUGAUGGAGAGGCCUGAUGAUGAUGAGUCACCAGGUGCAACGGGUGGUGAAGGGGACAGAAGAGUCACCACAUCUGUUCACAGUACUGGCACUCCUGAUAGCACACCAGAGAUGUUAGCAAUGCUACAGGGCUUCAUGUUGAAUCAGCAGCAGCAGCAACAGCAGGCAAUGCAACAAGCAAUGCAACAGGCAAUGCAACAGUCAAUGCAACAGUCAAUGCAAGCAAUGCAGCAACAGAUGCAGCAGCAGAUGCAGCAGCAGAUCAGCCAGCUACAGGAGGAGGUGCAGAAAGGAAAGACAAAGCAGCAAUGUGUUGUGACCCCUCGGACAGCAGAUAACCCAGACACUUUGACAAGACAAGCUCCUCAGUCCCAAGGCCCAGCAGAGGAGGCAUUAGGUGAACACCUUGACAAGAAAGGCCCAUCAGAGGAGGCAUUAGGUGAACACCUUGACAAGAAAGGCCCAUCAGAGGAGGCAUUAGGUGAACACGUUGGCAAGAAGGAGGAAGCAGAGAGGAAAUCAGAAAAGGUCCAACAGCUUUUACCAAAAGCCAACAAGUCAAAACCAGAGAAGGAUGGUUCUUCAGGAAAAAACAGGGAAACAAGAAAAGGUAUUGUCUCCUGUUUUAAAAGCUCUUCAUACCAGCUCCUGUCAUUGUCUGCUAAAUGA